UGAUCACACGCAUGCGCACACGUUCUUAGCGGCCGGCGGACGCCGAGUGAUGGACGACAGGGAAUAUGACCUGAGCGUAGCGCAGAAAGCGGUUAAAGCGAAAUAUCCCCCCGUCAGUAAGAAGUAUGAAUACUUGGACCACACUGCAGAUGUACAGUUACAUUCAUGGGGCGAUACAUUAGAAGAGGCGUUUGAACAGGUUGUUAUGGCCAUGUUCGGUUAUAUGACUGACAUUGAAACUGUGCAACCCAUAACAACAAUUGAAGUAGAAGCUGAAGGGCAUGACAUGCUGUCUCUGCUCUAUAAUUUCAUGGAUGAAUGGCUCUAUCAGUUCAGUGCUGAGAUGUUUUUCAUUCCAAGGGAGAUGAAAGUGAUUCAUAUGGAUAGAGUUAAUUAUAAGAUCCGAUCAAUUGGGUGGGGAGAACAGUUUGAUUUGGCCAAACACCCCCAGGGCACUGAAGUCAAAGCCAUCACAUACUCAGCAAUGCAGAUUCACGAAGAUGAAAGUCCUCAAAUUUUUGUCAUAAUUGAUAUUUGAUUUUUUUUAGAUGUUUUGAAUUUUUCUUGUGUAUUUUAAAAUGUGUACAGUACAGAGUGUAUCUUUAUCUUUUUAUUGAAAUGUCGCAUUACGGUAUGUGUAAAUAAGAUAAGUGCCAUUAUCAGGAGAACUGUCUCCUCUGUGUUUAAUAAGCCUCUUGAUUUAUUGAAAUAACUUGCUAUACCAGCAAGUAAUAGAAUAUCCGGAUUUUCUAUAGUUUGCCAUUUUUUAGGUGAAAUAUAAUCAGAUUGGGUGAAUUAGCAAAUUAUAAAUGGGUAUACUAUACUGAGAGGCCAUGUCCCAUCUACUGGAAAUGUUUGUUUCUCAUCUGAUUGUCAACCAGCAGCAAAUGUGGCAGUUCUGAAUUUAACACCUGGUUUUAAUUUUUUUUUUACCUUUUCAUCUUUUGGAAAUGGAUGAGAAUUUUUCAUUCCCUUUAACUGGUCGGACCGGCAAAGUGAGCAGCUUGUUUGACAGGCAUGCUCGAAGAUUGACUAAGUUUCAGCUAUUGUUGGUGAAGGUGCACGUGGUAUGAUUUUAUUGGCUGUCAAACCUUUACGGAAUGAAGUCCACCUAAUUGAGAUGUCUGAGUGACUCUCUGCAGCGAAUCCCAAAUCCCUUGCCACCCCCCCACACAAUCCCACCUCCGCAAAAAUGGCCCAGGAUCAGGAUGGAUGUGGGGGAACCAGCACGCUGUCCGGUGGCACAAAAUUCCUCAACUGCCCAUUUCUGUUCCUGCCCCGGGGGGAGCUAAAAAUCCAGCCCAAUGUCUUCAGCCUUUCCAAUUAUUGGAGGAAAGCGCAAAAAUUGAUUUGUAUUGAUAAAUAAAUAAUUGGGAGUGGUGGGGCAGAAUCCUUAAUCCUUUUUUAAUACAUAAUUAAAAUGGUUUUUUUUCUUAAGACAAAGCUGCUUAGAAUUAUUCACAUGCUCUUUGACACCUCCAGUUUACAAUAUAACCUUUUGGAUUGCUUCAUACAAUCAGCAAAGAUUGGCCUUUACAAUCAUGCUGAUCAUGAUUUAAGGGUUGGUAUUUUAAAAAUUGAUUUAAAAUGUAUAAUAAAGCUAUUAAAAUAACGUUA